CAUACUAUCAGAUUCAGUUGCCUGUCUCCUCUGAUGCCAAAAUCUGAUGAUAACCAUCUUAUCUUUCAGUCCUGCUGCAACCCUCUUUCAACUUGUUCUCACUAGAAAAGUGGCUUCUUUUAUACUUCUUUCUUGUUCCAACUCCUAUUUAGUUUAUUAAGAGUAUUAAUCGUGUGAAACCGUGAGAAAAUGACGACAAUGCAAGAUCUUGCAGUUCCUGCUGUCAUAAACAUUCUGGUCACCUUUGCAUCCUUGCUAGCAUUUGCCCUUCUCAGAAGCCAGCCCAUCAAUGACAGAGUAUAUUUACCAAAGUCGUAUAUAAAUGGCAGAAGGAGGAGCACCAGGAGUUCGGAGGGCUUGGGGCCUAAACUUGUAAAUCUGAAGCUUACAACAUUCGUGAAGUUCUUGAAUUCGAUUCCUGAAGCACUUGAGAAGGAGAAAGAAGAUAUAAUUAAGCAUGACGGUGUAGACUCAGCAGCUUACCUCCGGCUUUACCUUCUCGGAUUGAAGAUGUUUGUGCCAAUUGCCUUUGUUGCCAUCCUAGUCCUUGUACCCGUCAAUGUAUGUGGCUCAACUAUUUCUUUCUUGGGGAAGAAUGCACUGCAAAAUGACAUUGAUAAAUUAUCAAUAUCAAAUGUCAGUCCUGGAUCUCAGAAGUUCUGGUUUCAUGUUGGUGCGGCUUAUAUAUUCACUUUAUGGACCUGCUUCCUACUCUACCAGGAAUAUAGUUCAAUUGCCCAAACGAGAUCACAAUUUUUGACUUCAAAAGAACGCCGUGCUGAACCAUUCACUGUAAUUGUCAGAAACGUGCCUUCUGGUUCUGAGUCCUCUACAAAAGAAGUGCACCGUUUUUUCCUGAAACACUAUCGUAGUCACUAUCGUGAGCAUCAGGUAGCUUACAAUGUAAAUAAAUUAAUCAAGCUUGUGGAAGAAAGGAAGAGCCAUAACAAUUGGCUAGAUUAUUGUCAGCGUAUUGAAAGGACUUCUGGAGCCCAACCUACAUGCAGGACAGGAUUUCUUGGCCUUUUUGGCAGGAGAGUGGGUUCAAUUGAUUACCAUAAGCAAAAAAUUGACGUCCUUCGCAACAAGAUAUAUAUGGAAAACCAAAAGGUUCGAAAUGAUCCAAAGGCUACCUUACCUGUAGCUUUUGUUUCCUUUAAUUCACGACUGGGUGCAGCACUGUGUGCUCAGACACACUCGUUAACUGACUUGGUGGCUGACGAACGUGAUGUAUACUGGCAGAAUUUGACUAUACCAUUUGUCUCUCUGAUCAUCAGAAGACUAGUCAUAGAAGUAUCUAAAGUUGCAUUGAUGGUCUUUUAUAUGAUACCUAUAGUCUUUGCGCAAUCACUCGCAAAUCUUGAUGGUUUAGCCAAAAUUUCACCCUUCCUCACGCCAGUCAAUGAACCGAAGGUGAUCAAAUCAUUGCUUCAGGGCUUCCUUCCUGGAUUAGCACUAAAGAUUUUCUUAUUUUUCCUCCCUACAAUCUUGACAGCAAUGUCUAUAGCUGAAGGCCAUGUGUUAUUGUCAAAGAUAGAUAUGAUCGCAGCAGACAAACAUUAUUCUUUCAUGUUGGUGAAUGUAUUCUUAGGAAGCAUAGUUUCUGGAACAGUUUUUCAACAGCUUAGUUCAUUUCCGCAUCAACCGCCGAGCGAGAUAGCAAAAACCAUUGGAGUAUCAGUUCCAACGAAGGCAACGUUUUUCAUAACAUACAUAAUGCUUGAUGGUUGGUCUGCCGUUGCUACUGUACUUCUUCGAACAAAGUCGCUGGCCUUAUACCAUCUAAGAACUGAGAAAGAUAGAGAACAAGCAAUGGAACAAGAGAACAUUGGGAUUCCAGAGAAUCUCCCAAGGCUUCAUCUAUAUUUUCUUCUUGGACUUGUCUAUGCAGUUGUCUCCCCAAUCCUUCUGCCUUUUGUCAUCAUUUUCUUUGGCUUGGGAUUCCUUGUCUAUCGCCAUCAGAUUAUCAAUGUCUAUGAUCCACAGUACGACAGCAUAGCAGCAUUUUGGCCACAUGUGCACGAGAGCAUUAUGACAAGCUUGAUUACAUCACACUUCCACCUGAUCAUUCUUCUCAGCACAAAGAAAGCUCCGUCUACUCCCCUGCUAACCAUUCUACUUAUGCUGACGAUCGGGUUCCGUAACUACUGUAGGAAAAUAUUCGAGCCGACAUUCUCGAAGCACCCAGUGGAGGAAACAAAGACAACGGACACGGACGAGCCUGAAGCAGAGGCCAAGCUUAAAGCAGCGGCAAAGGGCACGGUCGAGCUUGAAGCAGAGCCAGUCCUGAAACUGAGACCCUGGUUGGAUGGUGCUUACUUGCAUCCAAUUUUCCGAGUUGUUGAUGAUUUGAUGAAAAGGGAAGCAAGCAGUCUGAGAAGAGAAGAUUCAGACUCACCUGUAUCGGCACCUAUCACCGGAGCUGCCCACGAUUUGGGCCACCAGAGGGAUGCAAGCGGUCGGAGGGCAGACUGUUCUCCAUCGCCAUCGAUCAGCGAACUCAGCUCUCCUUCACCACAAUAUUAUAAGUUCGGAUACGUAUGAGAGAGGAGUUGAGAUCAUUUGCAUGGCUCCAGUGUUUUAGGGAGACACAGUAUAGAAGGAAGGUCUCCCUCAAUCUUGCUUUGUUCAGUUGGGUUGCUUAU